AUGGCGCACAGACCCCAGCGGGCCUUCCGGCAGCGCCGGGCCGAUUCCAGCGGCAGUGACGAUGGCCAGGCUUCGCCUCCCGAGCCCAGGGCGCAGGUCUCUGCGGAGGGAGGGUCGCUCCGGAGCCGCAGACCUCGCGCUCGGGUGUGGGCGAGUUCCCGGCGCGCCGCGGCAGCUGCCCCCCGCGCAGGCGAAAACAGCCUCUUAGAAUCCAGAGCAAUUGCUCUCUCGUCUGAGGAAGAGGAUGGGACACGUCGCUCCUCAGAGAAGGAGGAUCACCAGAGUUCCUCUUCCAGCAGCUCUAGUUCUCCAGAAGAAAAAGACAUUUCAUCCACAGUCAGGAUCUCCGGCGCAGCCUUCAUCCAGGCAGCACGCAGGAGGCGUGAGCUGGCCAGGGCCCACGGCGACUACCUCCCCUUGGACGUGACGCGGGCGCCCACCAUGUCUGCCCUGAAGAAGGACAGUGAGGAAGAAGAUCCUUGCAGUGAGCCUGACGACCAGGAAGAAAGGAUCUUGUUUGCUCCGAAGCCCCAAAUGCUUAGAGAAAGAAUGGCCGAAGCAGCAACAAUCAGAAAUGAAGAAGCAAGUUCAGAAAGUCAGGAGGAUGAAAACCAAGAUACUUGGGAACAACAGCAAAUGAGGAAAGCCGUCAAAAUCGUCCAGGGAAGAAAUGUAGACCUUUCUCAUAGCAUUGAAUCUGAAAAAGUGAAGAAGUUUGAUACUUCCAUUUCAUUUCCACCAGUAAAUUUAGAAAUUAUAAAGAAGCGGUUAAAUACUAGAUUAACAUUAUUACAGGACACUCACCGUUCACACCAGAGGGAGUAUGAAAAAUGUGUGCAGGAUAUCAAGAGCUCACAGAGUGCGAUCCAGACCCUGGAGGACGCGUCAGGUCCCACGCUCAGCUGCAGGUUCUACAAGAGCAUGAAGGUCUAUGUGGACAGUUUGAUUGACUGCCUUAAUGAAAAGAUUGCCAGCAUCCAAGAAUUAGAGUCAUCCAUGCAUGCGCUCCUUUUAAAACAAGCCUUGACGUUAAUGAAACGCAGGCAAGAUGAAUUAAAAUGUGAAUCAACGUAUUUACAGCAGUUAUCACGCAAGACUGAGACAUUAACAAAUGGAAGUUCAGCUAUAGAGGAAGAAACAAAGAGCGUUUUAGAAGAGCUGGCAUCUCGAAGGGCUCAGAGAAGACCUGCCAGGCUGGUUUCUGGGAGCGGUGACCACGAGGAAGGGACGUCCAGUGACGAUGAGCUGCCCUCGGCGGAGAUGGCCGAGCUGCAGGAAAGGCAGGGAAACAUCUUGAAGGAUCGUCAGAAGAUUUUUGAAGAUGUACAUGAUGAUUUUUGUAACAUUAAGAGUAUUUUGUUGAAAUUCCAGCAAUGGCGAGAGAAGUUUCCUGAUUCCUAUUACGAAGCUUUUAUCAGUUUAUGCAUACCAAAGCUUUUAAAUCCCCUGGUACGGAUUCAGUUGCUGGAUUGGAAUCCUCUUAAGCCAGACUCUGUCGGUUUGAAGCAGACGUCCUGGUUCACAGCUGUGCAAGAGUAUGUGGAUCAUGCCGUGGAACACACAGAGGAGGAGAGUUCUGAUCGGAAUAUCCUGUCUGGUGUCAUCAACAAGGCUGUUAUUCCUCGGCUCACAGACUUCGUGGAGUUCAUUUGGGAUCCCCUGUCGACCUCACAGACAACAAGUUUAAUACCGCACUGCAGGAUGGUUCUCGAAGAGCAUGUGGCUUCUGAAAAAGAGGUAAGUAAAAGCCAUACUAGCUUAUGUAAAGCCAUUGUUUCAAGAAUAAAGAAGGCAAUAGAAGAUGAUGUUUUUAUUCCUCUCUAUCCAAAGAGUGUUGUCGAAAAUGAAACCUCACCACACUCAGCGUUCCAAGAGAGGCAGUUCUGGUCAGCGGUAAAGCUCUUCCGCAACGUCCUCCGGUGGCAGGGACUCCUCCCCGACGCGGCCCUGCAGGAGCUGACCCUGGGAAGGCUGCUGGGCCGGUACCUGCUCACGGCGCUGCUUCACGCUGGCCUGGGCCCGGGCCUUUCUCGAAAGUGCAGCCAGGUCGCAGCCUGUCUCCCUGAGAAAUGGUUUGAGAAUCCUGCCCUGAGGACAUCACUUCCCCAGCUGGAAAACUUCUGCCAGCUUUUAGUGCAGUCUGCAGAGACGUUAGCUCGCAGUGAGCACAGGGAUGAAGUGAAAGAAAUCAUCGUCAUUCUGGUGAGAAUGAAAGCUUUGAAUCAGGCGCGGUCCCUCAUAGAAGGCCACCACCUGGACCAUCUCCGCCCGCUCAUGGACGUCUGA